AUGGCACCGCAGCCGGCAACUUCAGAACUGCGCUUCAGAGGUUCCGUCAAUCGUGGUUCGAGGUCAGAGCGUGCAUCGCUGCUCCUAGCAGAGUCUGAGCCGGCGCAUUGGUUCUCACCGGGUGGACUCCGCGAUCCUGCAGGGCAGGUGCACGGAAUCAGUGUUGAUGACCUCCAUGAGGCUGCUCUCCGAGGAGACAUUCAACUCGUGCACAAGUUCGUUGAAGCAGAAGCUCCCGUCAAUGCUCCCCUGCGGGUUGCCGGAGGCGAUGAGUACCUAACUCUGCUUCAUGUGAUCUCAGCGAGGCCAACUCUGCCGAAUGGGCCAGGAAUCGCCUAUGAGCUUAUCUAUGGGAAGGCCAACCCCAAUGCUCGCAGCACGUUGGGUUCCACGCCGCUGAUGUUCGCUUGCUUCCACAAGAACGUGGCGCUUGCAGAGGUUUUGUUGGAAACGGGUGCAGAUCCAGAUGCUGUGGAUGAUCAUGGCAAGACGGCCCUUCGCUAUGCCGUUUCCCUGCAGAAGGGUGAGCCAGAUGAGGAAGAGAGGAGUGCCCAGCUCAUUGAAGUAUUGGAGGAGCAUGGAGGUGAUCUCGACAAAGGUGGAACACUCCCGCCGAUUGCAGAGGCGGUGCUUCAAGAUAACGGCACAGCAGUCACUCAGCUUUUAGAGCUGGGAGCUGCGUCAGAUGGUCUUGUCCACGCUGUUCCAGAUAAGCCGCUGAAAGUGAUCAAGGAGCUCAUCCGUGGGGGAGCAAACCCAUUCGCACAGAACCCGGACGGUCAGACUUGCAUGGAGUUGGCAGAAGACCGGGGUGACAAGGCUGUGAUUGAUUGCCUGCAACACUACAUUGCCGAAUUGGAGAGGUGUCGAAGCCGCCACCUGAAGUCGAAGCUGUUUAGCUACGACAGUCAGUGGCCAUCUGCAAGAGCCAGGGAGCACUCUCAGUGGCUGGCCUCGGGGCACUCCAAGCAGAGCGUUGAGGCGCUUGAGGAAGAUAUUGUCCUCUCCUUGGACUUGCCCUCCCCGGAGCAGAAGCGCGCGGCGCUCCUCCGCUUCCAGGUCAAACUGCUGUUGGGCAACCCCGUGUUUCAGGCCGUGUUGACCACAAACCUAGUCCUCGCCCUCUUCCUGCCAGACUUCUGGGUCAUCCUCGCGAUGCAGGGUCGCACGGCCUUGGACGUUGCCCUCGUCAUGAUUUUCUUGACUUUUGUCAUUGAAUUCAUUGCGCAUGUCAUCUCAUUCCCGUACUCAUACCCCGGCUCGUACACUUUCUGGACAGACGUAAUUAGCAUGUUGUCUGUUCCGCUGGACUUCUCCGUGGUGGCAGAUAACUUCGUUGGCCUUUUCGAGGGCUCAGGGCUCGCCCGCAUCACGAAGUUUGCAAAGUUGAGCGCACGUGCUGUGCGCCUUUCAAGGCUUGCAAAAUUGCUCCGCUUCCUCCCGGGCUCGCGCACACAGCGCGAGUUGGAGAGGAGCCGUCAAGGUCCAGCCAAAGAGAUAUCGCUGGAAUUGAUGGCUGAUCUGUCAAUCAAGGUGGCCAUGCUAAUUAUCGCCUUGGUGCUGAUUCUGCCCUUGAUCGACUUUUUCAAGUAUCCUCCGGACGACAACUCCAUGGCUACUUGGACUAGCCAACUCUACUGGACGUCAAAGACACAUCCAGAAGACGCGAUGGCGGUCAUCGAGGACAUGAAACAAUUCUACAGCGCUUUGGAGUAUUAUCCCUUCCAAGUGAUGUACUUUAUCAAUGGCACGCAAAUUUCCUAUGUGCUCGAAAGCGCAACUGCCCCUAUGAGAGAGGACGAUAUUGUGACCCUGGAGAAGGAGGAUGCCUCAAUCAAGUUCAAUUUCAGGACACCCAUCCUAGCCGAAGCUGUGCUUAACGUUGUGCUGAUGUUCGUCGUGAUACUGGUGAUUUUUGUUGCAUCUGGGGGCGUUGCUUCGGCAGUGACCUACACUGUGCUGUCCCCGGUGGAAGAUCUUCUGGAAAUUGUGCAUUCUACUGCUGUGAAGAUAUUUGAUUCGGUGGAGCAGAUGGCCAUUUACUUUGUAAAGGAUUACUCAAAUCAGCAGAACGUGGAGAUCGAAGCAGAGGAUGUGAGUAAGAAUCGCUUCUCUCACGAAGUGCGCUUGCUGGCGAAGGUUCUGAAGAAGCUGGACCUGUUGACUCUCAUUGCCAAUGCGAAGAGACCAGUGGACGAGUUUGAGCAGUUGGGGGAUGGGCCAUGUGCUUUCUUGCCAGACUAUGCGACGUACGCAGCUGCCAGGCACCAGCGUACACUGCCUCGCUCCGAAGCUGAAGCCGAACGCGAAGAAGACGAGCUUCCCAUGCUCAUGGAGAGCAUUGGACUAGAACUUGGUCCAGCCGAGAUCUCGCGGCGUGACUUUUUUUCGUGGGAGUUGAACAUCGCAGAGCUGAAUGCCCGGCAGCGAACUGCGCUUGCACGCUGUCUAGUCACAAUGUUCGACACAUCUCCGGGGUUCGAAGACAGGCAGGUGGUCAGUCUGACCAGAUACACCUGCCACUGUGACUUCAUCAAGGCAUUAGAGCAUCAGUUCGAAGAUGAAGAGGUUGUUCCCUUUCACAACUGGAUUCACGCAGUCGAUGUCGCCUUCUCGUUGCAUGUGGUUUUUCAUGUCGCUUCUGCAUCCAACUUUCUUGCCCUGCAUGAGCGACAUGCUCUCAUGCUUGCAGCUCUCGCUCAUGAUGUUGGACAUUUUGGCGUCAACAAUGGUUUUCUGCGUGACUCCAGCCAUGAACUAGCUCUGCUCUACAACGACCAGUCCUGCUUGCAGAAUAUGUCGUGUGCGAAGCUCUUCCGCCUGGCAAGCGAGCCUGACACGCCGCUUUUCAGCAACUUUGACGAGCCCACUCGGCGAGACGUUCGCCAGGUUAUCGUUAGUGCAAUUCUACACUCUGAUCCGGCGUGCCACAUGUCUCUCAUGGCGCACAUGUUGCGGCACUAUGGGAUUCGCCAAGACCUCUUCGAAUACAUCCACCAGUUGCUCAGGGAAGACAAGGAGGAGAAUGCAGAGGUAUUGGCCAAAGCAAAGACAGAAGUGGAGGAGUACUUUUGGAAUGCAGAUGUGAAGUAUACGCUUCGGAACUUUUUGCUGAACUUUGUGGACAAUUCACAUUCCCUGAAGCCCUGGGAGAUAUGUUCGACUUGGGCGGCACGUCUUUUCGAGGAGUUUUUCAAGCAGGGUGACACGGAGCGGAGCUGCAAGAUGCCGAUGCAGCCUCUGAACGAUCGGGUGCGGGUCAACGUGCCUUUUGCGCAGGUUACGUACAUCAAGCAUCUGGUCGCACCGCAAGCAAUUCUGCUUGUCAAGAUGCUCCCAGCCAUGCGCGAGUGCACCGUCUCCUUGUGGAGCAACCUUCAAAGGUGGGCUUCAAAGUGGGAACGGAGCGGCCCAGACCAUGACGAGAUGCAAAGGGUCCGUAAAGAAAUCCGAGAGCUGCAUGAGGAGGCUGACGAGGAGGAGGUGGAGGUGGUGCCUGUCAAGACGGAGAUCAGUGAAGCCGCAUCUGAUCAACGAAGAGGGGGUAUCAGCGAAUGA